AUGGAUCCAUCAGAAAGAACGGCUCAGAUCUCUCCACCCCUGCCGCAUUGGCUCUAUGUGGAGAGCAAGCUACCCACGCGAGUAGCUUCGCAUUUCUCAACAGCGCAAGCAGCUCCACAUCUCUUCCCCGCCAAAAAAACGUUUCCAAAAGAGCAUAUGCUGGGAGCGACAUGUAGGCAUGGUACCUCAUAUGCCUCCAGAAGCACUGGAUCAGUUCCCAUCAACCUUUUCUCUGCCAAAACUAAAAAUCCCUUCUCCAGCGAUAACCUCACUCUCACUCUCUCCAUGAUUCUCUCGAAGCCCUCCUCAAAUCCCCCCUUCAGCGCCUCUUCUCUGCAUCCCGCUUCCAGAAGAAACCCUAGAAAUCUAGGGUUUUUUCCACCGUUCCCUUCUCUCCGCACUGGAUUCAGGGCAUUCUCUUCCUCCUCCAAUCAACCGGACCAAAACCCUAGAGCCAAUCCCUCCAGAAAUCAGCAACACAAAACCGGAGAAUAUCACGGGCACGAAGAAGAUCGUCCCGUGCAUUGUGAAGUCGAUGUGGUAUCGUGGCGGGAGCGGAGAAUCCGAGCUUGGGUAUCGGUGGCUAUCGAUGUUGAAACCAUGUGGAACGUGCUCACGGAUUAUGAGAGGCUUGCCGAUUUCAUUCCUAAUCUCGUACGCAGCGGGAGAAUCCCUUGCCCUUAUCCAGGCCGGAUAUGGCUAGAGCAGAGGGGGUUGCAGCGUGCUAUGUAUUGGCAUAUCGAAGCUCGUGUUGUUUUGGAUCUUCAAGAAUUCCCCAAUUCAGCCAGUGGUCGUGAGCUCCACUUUUCCAUGGUUGAUGGGGACUUUAAGAAGUUCGAAGGAAAAUGGUCUGUGAAAGCUGGCCUAAGGUCUUCAACAACAAUUUUAUCUUAUGAAGUGAAUGUGAUCCCAACAUUCAACUUCCCAGCCAUUUUUUUAGAGAGAAUUAUCGGGUCAGAUCUUCCUGUGAACCUUAGAGCCUUAGCCUGUAGAGCAGAAAGAAAUUCUGAUGGGAAUCAGAAAAUCCCAACUGUUGGAAGCGCAUCCUAUACUUCCUCUUGCAGGGACUUGUCAGAUGCUUUUCCUCAGACAGAUAAGCUUCUUGCCAACGAGUUCAAGGGAAACUACGGCAGUUCUAAUUUUGGACCCUUGCUUGCUCCAUCUCCUAGUGAGGUCAACAGCAAAUGGGGUGUAUUUGGAAAAGUUUGUGCACUUGAUAGGCCAUGCAUGGUAGAUGAAGUUCAUCUUCGUAGAUAUGAUGGCCUAUUGGAAAAUGGUGGGGUCCAUCGAUGUGUGGUCGCUAGCAUUACUGUCAAGGCACCUGUUCGUGAAGUAUGGAAUGUUUUGACUGCUUAUGAGACUCUGCCUGAGAUAGUUCCAAAUUUAGCAAUCAGCAAGAUUUUAUCGCGAGAAAAUAACAAGGUUCGCAUUCUUCAGGAAGGCUGCAAGGGACUAUUGUACAUGGUACUUCAUGCACGUGUCGUUUUGGAUUUGUGCGAGCAGCUUGAGCAUCAGAUCUCAUUUGAGCAGGUUGAGGGGGACUUUGACUCAUUUAAGGGAAAGUGGCUUCUAGAGCAACUUGGAAAUCAUCAUACACUACUGAAGUACAUUGUAGAGUCAAAAAUGCACAAAGAUUCCUUACUGUCAGAAGCGAUUGUUGAAGAGGUUGUAUAUGAAGAUCUACCAUCAAACCUUUGUGCCAUCCGUGAUUAUCUUGAAAAACGGGACCCCAUUGAGUCAAAUUCUUUGACGACAUUCAGCCAUCUAAAAUAUCCAGUCGAACAAACUGCUCCAUCUGAUAAUGACAGGAAUCUUGAGCAGAGCAAACCACCUGCUCCAUCCAAGAAUGGCAUGCAUCUUGAGCAGAGCAAGCAGCCUGCGCGGUCCGUCAGUGUCCCAAAUCCACCUCGACAGAGACCAAAGGUCCCAGGCUUGCAGAGGGAUAUCGAAGUGCUUAAAACUGAACUCCUCAGGUUUAUUUCAAAAUAUGGGCAGGAAGGAUUUAUGCCCAUGAGAAAGCAGCUCCGUUUACAUGGAAGGGUGGAUAUCGAGAAGGCAAUCACACGCAUGGGUGGUUUUAGAAAGAUUGCAUUGUUGAUGAACCUUUCCCUUGCUUACAAACAUCGAAAGCCAAAGGGCUACUGGGACAACCUUGAGAAUUUGCAGGAAGAGAUAAGUCGAUUCCAAAGGAGCUGGGGAAUGGAUCCAGAGUACAUGCCUAGUAGAAAAUCUUUUGAGCGGGCAGGGCGGUACGACAUUGCCCGCGCAUUGGAGAAAUGGGGUGGUCUUCAUGAAGUUUCUCGUCUUCUUUUGCUUAAGGUCAGGUACCCAAGCAGACAGGCCAAUCCUGCUGCUAAAGAAAAGAAAAUUGAUGCGAUUGUGUCCGAUGAUCAAGAGAAAACAUCAAAUAACCCUUACGUUUCACAGGAUACACAAAAGUGGCUUACGAAACUAAAGCAUUUAGACAUUAAUUGGGUGGAAUAAGAAUGCAACUUUUAAUA